UGCAGGGCACUAGGAAGGAUGUUAGUCUGGGACCUCAGGCCCAAAGUAGCAGAAGAGGGCCCAUGAAAUGAAAGGUGGUGGAAAACAGUAAGGAACAUAUUCUGUCUUUAAAUUCAAGCAGCCGAAGACAAAAGCAGCCCAAUCUAGGUUCCAUAGAGGUUACAUAGAGGUGAAGGGAGAUAAUCGGUGGGUGACUGUGUAAGACCCAGAUCUAGAAGCACAAUUUUCAUCAGGUGCCACGUCCUUCAUAGGAAGAUGUAAUAGUAGAGAAAAAAGGUUGUAGCGUUCCAGUUGAGGAAGAGCAUAUGAAUGAAGGAUUCUUAAGAAAAGAUACCAUCAUUAUAGAACGGGAGGAGUUAACAGCUUAAUCUAUGAAGAUGGUCUUUAGGGAGUUCCACUUCAUUCGUUUGAUUAUAAUGAACAUGUUUAAGUGGAAUUGUAGAGGGGCUGGAAGUAACCGAUUUUGCUCUAUAGUGUAUGACUUUAGGAAAGCCUACGGGAUAGAAAUCAUGACAUUCAUUGAACCAAGAAUAAGUGGCAGGGCUGCAGGGAAAGUGAUUGACAAGUUGAAUUUUGAUUCAAACUUCAAGGUGGAGGCGGAAGGAAAGUUUGGAGGUAUCUGGUUAUUAUGGAACAAAGGCGGCGUGGAUUUAAGAGUGUCGAAUUCAUCCAAGCACUUGGUCCAUGUUUUAGUAGAUAAGGGAGGAGGUUCUCCAUGGCUAUGUACGAUACUAACGGCUGCAGAAAAGAUGGAAGGCACACGUGUUGAUAUGAGAAAAUGUCUGAGAUUCAAUAGAUGGAUUCAGGAUUGUGGUUUGCUGGACUUAAGAAGUGUUGGUUCAAAAUUCACAUGGCGCGAACAUGAGAGCAGAGGUUAUGGAAGAGUGCAUGGAAGGUUGGAUAGAGGGCCAGGUAAUCAACUAUGUAGAUUGCAAUUUCCAGCCAUGUAUGUUAGGGUCUUGCCCAGGGUAAAAUCUGAUCAUCAUCCUACUUUUGUUGAGCUCAACUCCAGGGACAUGCAUACACUUAAACACUGUCGCCCUUUUAAAUUUGAAGCGGCAUGGACGUCUCACGAUAGUUUUACUAAAGUAAUAAAAAAAUUGCUAGCAGGGGAGUGAGGAUCUAGUUGCUGAACUUGAAAGGUUGACAACAACGUUGCAAGAGUGAAACAGGAAGUUUUUGGCAAUAUCUUCUAUCGCAAGAAAAUAGUGUUGGCCAAGCUUGAGGGCAUUCAAAAGGCUUUGUCUGAAGGAGGAAACAUUUUCCUGAACAAGUUAAAGAAAG